CUGAGGGGGCUCGCGCCUCGCCGGGCGCCGCCGCCUUGGCCGCCAUGUGCUCCCAGCUCUGGUUCCUGACGGACCGGCGCAUCCGCGAGGACUACCCGCAGGUGCAGAUCCUGCGCGCCCUCCGGCAGCGCUGCUCCGAGCAGGACGUGAGCUUCCGGGCGGUGCUCAUGGACCAGAUCGCCGUCACCAUCGUCGGCGGCAACCUCGGUUUGCAGCUGAACCAGAAGGCGCUCACCACCUUCCCAGACGUGGUGCUUGUCAGGGUGCCCACACCCUCUGUGCAAUCGGAUAGUGACAUCACAGUCCUGAGACACCUGGAGAAGUUGGGCUGCCGCUUAGUCAACCGCCCACAGAGCAUUUUAAACUGCAUCAACAAAUUCUGGACGUUCCAGGAGCUGGCUGGACAUGGGGUCCCCAUGCCAGAUACCUUCUCCUACGGUGGGCAUGAAGACUUUUCCAAAAUGAUCGAUGAAGCCGAGCCGCUGGGCUACCCGGUGGUGGUGAAAAGCACGCGCGGACACCGGGGAAAAGCUGUUUUUCUCGCAAGAGAUAAACACCACCUCUCAGAUAUCUGCCAUCUGAUCCGCCACGACGUGCCCUACCUGUUCCAGAAGUACGUGAAGGAGUCCCAUGGAAAGGAUAUCCGGGUGGUGGUUGUUGGGGGCCGGGUGAUAGGCUCCAUGCUUCGCUGCUCCACAGACGGACGGAUGCAGAGCAAUUGCUCUCUCGGUGGCGUGGGUGUCAUGUGCCCGCUGACAGAACAAGGCAAGCAGUUGGCUAUCCAGGUGUCCAACAUCCUGGGCAUGGACUUCUGUGGCAUCGAUCUCCUCAUCAUGGACGAUGGCUCCUUUGUGGUGUGCGAGGCAAAUGCCAACGUCGGUUUCCUAGCCUUCGACCAGGCGUGCAACUUAGACGUGGGUGGGAUCAUUGCGGACUACACCAUGUCCUUGCUGCCCACCAGGCAGACUGGGAAGAUGGCCGUCCUCCCAGGACUGUCUAGUCCCAGAGAGAAGAAGGAGCCAGAUGGCUGUGCUUCAGCUCAGGGAGUAGCAGAGAGCGUCUACGCCAUCAACAGUGGGUCUACCUCCAGCGAGAGUGAGCCUGAACUGGGAGAGCUCCGGGAUUCCUCAGCGAGCACGACGGGGGCCCCGGCCCCCAUGCUGCCCGACCCCGGCUACAACAUUAACAACAGGAUUGCUUCCGAGUUAAGACUAAAGUGAAUUCCUGCUCUUUGGCAGCGUUUAAACCAAAUCCUACUGCUUCCCUAGUAGUUUUGAGCGAAUAAAAUCUGGACAAAUGUGAUUUCAUUUGCACAGAAACUAGAAAUCCCAUCUGGGCACCCAGCAUUCUUUCUAACAACGAUUUAAGCAAAUGGCCUAGCUUUGGGGUUUUUAGAAACACUCGGAUAAAAACCCUUACCAAGAACAACAUCCCGACUGAUCGAUUUGAGACCAGCGUCUGCUGCGAGCACUUGGAUGUUAGGGAUGACUUUUGGGCACUGUGCUUCUGGCUUUUAGCAGAAGAGCCCAUUAACUUGAAACGGCUCUCGGAAAUACUGUACAAAAGAGCAACCACUGGACAGAGGCACGUGCGGAAGAGGUGGAAUAUGACUGCAGCUGUGUGCUCUUCAUUGUGUGUGUGUGCAUGCGUGCACGCGUGUGUGAUGCUCGGAGAAUACACAGUCCAAACACCAUUAGGGGAUCAGUCUCUGCUCCCCAUCAGUCACCAUCUUGACCAUAUUUCUCUGACACUCAGGAUAUGGCGUUUUAGGGAGUUUCCCCCUUAGCAUUUUCAAUGAAGCACUUUGUAGAAAGUGAAGUUGAGCAUCCUUUGACUUCACUGGUUGGCAAACAUCCUGCUCUGUAACCGGGCCUUUCUACAAAUUGCUUUUCCACCCGAAUUUACAGACCCUGCUUCAACCAAUGCCAACCCCAGCAGCCUCUUGCACCUUGCUGCCUUUGGCCUCAGCUGGAAAUGCACUUCAGUGAGCUAGUGGCCACACACUUUCUUUCUUAAGCGUGCACUAGAAUUGAACACUAUGGACUUCUUUUCAAUGGGCUCUGUUCACUUGUCAUCAGAAGCCAGUGGGUUUUUAAUCCUCGGAAGCUACUGGAAGAUAAUCAUUUCCCA